AUGCCAACCUCGACCACAUCCCACCCCCCUCCCCGUCCGACAUUCGAUCAGGCAACCUGCGAGAUUAUCGUUCACUAUCGCGUCCCCUCUAUACACAUCUCUCCGGCUGAUUUUGUCAAUCCUGUUUUCCUCAAUCGACCUGGCGAGCUUUCCACAACCGACUUGGAUGGCAACGUAUAUACAGCAACACAUCACAUCAGAUGUCUGCUGUCCGAGGUCUCUCAAUGUCUUGCAAUUGUUCCGAUGACGUUCGUGAGGGAUUUCAAAGUGGUCACCCCAGGUUACUUGAAUCCAAAGAGGGAGGAAGAGGACGGUUCGGAGACUUCAGCAGACGAACGUGUUGACAAUCCUCCAGCAACGCAGACGAAGUGCGACCAGCAGGAAGCAAUGAACACACAUGUCGAUGCGGACGAAGAAAGCCAAGACCAGCACAGAGAGCAACAGGAUUGCGAUCACGACAAGCGCCAGAGGCCGCUCGGAACUCUUGCAACUUAUCAGCUUCUCCAGCAGCGGCAAUGGCAGGAAGCUCAGCAGCCGAAGUCUGAUGAUCGCGACUAUGACGACUUGGACGAUAUCGUCCCCGACUACAAACAGGACGGAGAGGAUGUGCAGCAGGAGUCGGUCGGCAGAUCGAACAAACGAAAGGUUUUACCCUUUGGAUCUACGGUCAUGGAGGCGCUGCAGGCUGGAGUGAAGCGCAGGAAGGAGGCUUAG